AUGGAUCUGGAGAGACCAGAGACCCCCGCGCAUGACAAGCAACGACCAUACACAAUUACACAGGAAAUUCAGAACGGCCUUGAAAGACUUACAAAAUAUUGGAGGUUGACUUGUGUGAAGAAGCACGGUUACGGGGAGGGCGAUGUGUAUGAGGCGAAUCGAGAUAAAUUUCACAAGGAUUUUGUCCAGAUGCUCGAGGGUGCGGAACUGUUGAAGUGGGAAACUGUUGUUUUCCCAGAAUCCGGAAACGAUGCGAAAAAACUCAAAUUCCCAGACAACAAAUACCUCUAUAGGUUCUUUGUAGCGGUGGCAGUGGUAUGGGGACUAGAGUUUGAAGCAGUGAACAAGGCCGUCCACGGUGGUUCGACGGAACCUGACACCGCAGGCGCAUUCCUUGCGAAGCAUUGGGACUCUGAAGUCGCAUUUCAAGAACAGAAAAUAGCCAACGCGGAGAAAGAUUUGGAAGAACGCCGAGCUAAACUUAAGGGCAGUGCUAUUAAGAAUAGUUUGAGGGAUUCAAUAGAGGAGAGCGGAGAGUGUUGA